UUUUUUUUAUUUUUUAUAAAGCCUUCUACAAAAUCAGAAAAUAACCAAAUUGGAAUGUAUCCAAAGCUUGUAGAUCAAAUAACUGGGGGUUUAGCAAAAGUUGUACAGAAAGCAACAGAUGCUUAUGUUUUCCAAGAUCUGCCCGAAUGUGGGGUUUUAACACACACAGAAAGACUUUCUAUGAAAUUACUUGAUCCACAAGUACAUCGUUGUCUUCUCCAAUUGCCAGCAUGGAGACCAGAACCAGACAGAUUAGAGUCAAUAACUUUUUCAAUUCGAGACGAAGCUAAUCGAAAACGUCCAUUAAUGAGCGCUCAAUUACAACGUGGAGGAUUAAUUUUAAAAAAUGCUGUUGGGAAAACUAUAAUGUUAAUUCGUUUGCCUGUUCAUUCUGCUGACUCUUUGGGGAAAUUAUUACAUCCAUCACAAGCUACUCUUUACAAAUUAAUGCGUUGUCCUUCUGGUCCCGAUCUUAAAUUAGUUAGAGCAAGUUCUGAUGAGGCUAUAGUUUUACGAGUGGAGAAGGUGCAUGUUUCUCUCCAAUCUUUUGGCAAAGCAAUUGGUGUAAUGGGCACAGAUUGUGUUUAUUGGUUAAAAUCACCAGAUGGUCAAACAGUUUUGGGGCAUGUUAGACCUAAAUUUGCAAUGAAAAGGAAUACUUUAAUUGUUAAAUUUAUGUCAAAACAAAAAGAUAUCCAACUUAGAGCUGCAAUGUUGGGAACUGCACUUUUAUUAUUAAUUAAUGAAGUUUAUCCUCAAUUAAAAAUAAUACUUGCUGACACUCAACAACAACAAAAUAUUGAUUAA